AGUUAAUUGCCGAUACCGAUAUUGUCCAAAAUCGUGAAUAUCAGCCGAUAAUAUCGUCCAAACCGAUAAUCGGUCGAUCCCGAAUAUUUAUGAAUGUGAUAAGAUUGACCAUAAGACAACUCAACGACAAAAUGACUUCCCCUCGUAACUGCUCAGAUCCCACGGUUUCUUUUAACCCUACUUAUCUCUGAUCAUGACACUUGCAACAGGAGUCCAGCUAUAUGUGCGUCACUCUUCUGAUGUCUACAGUAUCCCUGUAAUAUAUACAGGAUGUACAUGUCUAGUCAUUUGGUAACUUUGGUUUAGGAAGGAUAUGUACAUCAUAGAGUGUUAUGGGGUUAAUAGGUCUCGUUAUUAAUGUAUAUGGAACAGUCGAGGUGUAAGUUGAGAUUAAUAUGACGUGCAACAGAGGAUGUUGCGAAUUUCAGGAAAUAACCAAGCUAUGUCUUCAGAAUCCUCAUACGGACAGCAGAGUUGUGUCUCCUUGUACCCGACAUUCGCUGACAAACCUCAUACGGAAUGGACGCUGUGAAGCCGGUUUAUCUUCUCCUCAUCUGUCAAGGCUUCUAUCUGGGAUCUGUAGGUCAAUAUUGGACGAUCCCUUCUACAAUCACUGCUCUGAUUGGCUCCUGUGUGGAGAUUCCUUGUACGUUUCAUCCUGAUGGGACCUCAGGACCGUCCAGCACUGUAUGGUAUUCGUAUUAUACAGGUCUACAGAUACUGGAGGAAUACAGAGCUAGAACCUCACUGAUACCAGGGAAUAACAGCUGUACCCUGAGGAUAGACCCUGUGAGGAAAGAAGAUGGAAAAGAAUAUUAUUUUCCAGGGAUCGCAGAAGAUAAAUAUAUAAAUGCAUAUGAGAAACAAUCUCAAUCUGUAUAUCUCCUCGUCACAGAUAAAGUGAACAUUCAGCUUCAUGGAUCUGGAACAAUGACUGAAGGAGAAGCCUCCACUAUACGAUGUUCUGCAGAUCACACAUGUGGCUCCAGUCCUCCUACUAUACAAUGGAACAAACCUGGACGAGUUACAGAGGAGUCAGUGGACAUUACUUCAGGAUACUGGAGAGAAGAAUCAGAACUCACCUAUAUCCCUUCAUAUGUGGAUGAUCGGCGUCCUCUUCAGUGCACGGCAACAUAUCCUAAUGGAAAAAAAACGGAGAGAUCAAUAACACUGAACAUCUACUAUCCACCAAAAAAUGUGACUGUCACCGCUAUUGGGAAGGAUGAAGUAAUAGAGGGAAGUGAUGUGACUUUACAAUGUAACAGCGUCUCCAAACCUGAUGUAUAUAAGUAUGAAUGGUACAAAGGGAAAAAGAAAACCAGAUUACAGUAUACAGGACGGGAGAUCACAGUGAGGAAAGUGACCGGGAACAUGGAGCCCUAUUCCUGUGCUGCUAUAAAUACAGUGGGGAGAGGAGAAUCAGCCCUGAUGGAGAUACCGGUACCGUACGCAGCAAUUGGAGUCCAUAUCACAGUGAAGAAUGAAAGUAAAUUCACCGAAUUGACAUGUGAUUUUCUAAGCAGCCGACCGGAUGUAUCUCACUACACCUGGAUGAAGGACGGAUCUUUAUUACACAAUAAGACGGGGAAGACUCUGACUGUAAAUGUCAAUGAAGAGAACAAUGGGCAGUAUUCAUGUAUCGCUCAUAACACGGCUGGGAAUUCCUCCUCUGAGGUGAUCCACAUAAAACGGGAGUCAAUGGAUUUGCCUCUGAUUUUGGGAUCGGUCGCUGGAGUUUUCUUUCUGCUUUUUUUUAUUCUGGUCAUCUUCUUUUGCCUAAGAGGAAAGAAGAAGUCUGCUCCCCCAACUUCUCCAAUUCAUGGGACAUUACCUGCCAAGAUUUCUUAUGAUAACAUGAUGACUGAAGAAGAAAGUGAAUAUGGAAAUAUUCAGAGCAAUCACCAAACUCAACCAUUUUCCAUGACAUCGGGGUCUUCCGUGGAUGUGGAAGGUGAAGAACACUGCGGGGUUUACAACAACAAUGAUCCCGAGAAACCAUCGGAGGAAGUUGAAUAUUCAGUUAUCUCACAUAGACGACAGGACAAGGAGCCUCUAACCUCCGCCAGGGCCGGCCACGCAGAAGAUGUGGAAUACGCAACUUUGAGACGUUAAAGGGUCUAAGAAUUCUGGACUGUGAUCUAUUGGUCAGAUGGAAGAGCAACUUGGAGAGCGUGUACUUUUCUUUCGAGGACCCAACAUGCCCAUAUAUUAAAUAAAUAGCCAAUACAUCCAAAUGAAAACGUUGUAAUGCCAACAGGUUAUCCGGGAAUAUAAAAACAAUGCUCAUUUUUUUCAAAAACAGCGCCACGUCUGUCUCCAGGUUGUGUAUUGUAUUACAGCUUGGCUCCCUUCACUUCAAUGGAACUGAGCUGCAAUACUUCAAACAACCUGGGGACAGACAUCUAUUUCAGACGUCUUAAUCGCAGUGGAGAGGACAGCGGGAGGUCCCCUACUGGCCUCCUUGGCAUCCGAUUGGUGCUCUGAUGCUUCAGAAGGCCUCAGCUGCCUGAAGCAAUCGAGCACCGAUAACACUGAUCAAUGAUAUGGCAUAGUAUUGAUGUGGUGCCGGAGGCUUGUGAUGUCAUGGCUACGCCCCCUCGUGAUGGCCGCCACGCCCCCUCCCAUAGACAUGCAUUGAGGGGGCAUCACAAGGGGGCGUGACUGUGACGUUAUGAGCCUCCGGGGCCACGGCUGGCAUUCUAAACUAACGCCGGGUGCUGCACGGGGGUCGCGGGGGGUCCCAGCGGAUAGGAUGCUUAGGGGCGGAGUUCCCCUUUAAGGGGUAAAAUAGGUUUCAUAGUUGGAGAAAAGAUUU